AUGGUUUGCUAUCUUAAUAAAACCAACAUUAAGAGGAUUAGUGAUAUUUUAGAAUCUUUAAUUAAUAAAUGGCUUCAUUAAUAAAUUAUUUCCAUUUUAUUAAACAUCAAAUAAGGGUUAAUAAAUAUUUACUGCUCCUUAUUAAUCAAAAAAUAAAGGAACUAUAUCACCUAAAGAAAUCUCUAAGCUAUUCUGAUCUAAUGCACUAAUAUCUAAUUAAAUAAUUUGAUUGUUUUCUAAGUUUUAGAAGAAAUAUUAAUUGUCAUAAGUUUUAAGAAUCAAAACUUGCCAGUCAUAACAAAUGCUCGAGCCAAUAAUCAAUUUAUUUUCAGUAGGGAUAAUUUACAAUAUUGUCCCUGUAAAAUAUAACCAUAUUACAGCACGAAGAGAAUCAUAACUGACCAACAGCAAUUAUCCUUCUUUAAUAAGUAAGAAUGCUUCUACUAUACUGUUAAUAUGAAAAUUUAAACUUUUUAUUAGCAGUUUUGUUUCUUAAUUCCAAAUUUAAAGUCUUCCCAAAGAGUCAUAAGUUAUGAAUUAUUUAAAUUAAUUAAUGAAAACUAUUCCUUAUAUUUAAGUAUUUAAAAAUGUAUUUAAGCUGUAAGACUAAAUUUAGUAGCAGUCUAUUAUCCUUUGACAAUAAUUUGA